GGAAAUAUUGUCUAUGUGGAUAUGUCAGACUCACCUGAAAUUUUUGAAGGAGAAGGUGACUACCAGUUUGACAUAUACCGCAUUAUGCGGGAUAACAAUGGAAACGAUUGGCGACCAUUCCACCCACGAACAAAUCUGUAUUGGUUGCAUUACUUGAUGGGCAAACUGUUAAACGAGACCUCCUAUCCCCGCCGCGAUCCUGACUCACAACCGGUGGAAUCCGAAUUGCGCGCCCUGUACGAUAUGGUAUUAACAAACAACUAUCGGUCAGCUACGCAUUUAGUCAGCACGUGUUUCUAUUUUGACACUUGCCGGAUCGGUUGA